CAGUCGAACAAUGUCAGCUCAACACCAUGCAAAUCAAACCUUACGCCCAAACCGCAUCAGUCCAUCCCUAUCAACCGACCGGUACUACUUCGUAAGUCCAAAUACUACAGGGACAAAUAUCGCAUUUUCUGAUCUGUUGGCAAGAGACAGCGGAAACUACGAAAGCGUCACGGAUAUUGACUUGAAUUUUUCUAAAGGAGUUACUAGAAACUCGGCCCUGAACACGUGCGAGCGUUGCUUUAGGGAAAUCGGCAACAAGGCUUUUUGCUACAACUGUUUUGGACCAGCAAAAAUGCCUUUGCCCAAAAAAUCCAGCAAAAAACAUAUUGCUUUGUGGAUUUUUGUUGCAGUAAUCAUACCACUUAUGGUGUUUAUGUGCCUUUCCAUGUGCCUUAUGCAUUUGUAUAAGAUUGGAUUGUAUAGGGACGAUGAUGUUGCUCAAUUGAAGAAAGACAUGAAAAUCGCUUUGACUGAAAUACGAUAUUUGAGCAGUUACACUGAUGGUUUUACCAAUACCUUCAACAGAAACAUGAGUCACAUAUUUUCAAAUAUAGCCAAAUUAAAGAUACAAGUGGCCAAAAAUAAGUCAGUUUGGCCCAAACAAAUCGUAAACAUGCAAGAAAUAUUCAAUGUCUCUUGCCAGGAAUACCUCAAACUACACAACACCACUAAAAUAAUAAAUAUAUGCCAUUCGGUAUUUAAUGGAACCUAUUUCAAAUAAACUUAAGAGUUUGGUAUUUCGCACGACUAGGCUUCAAAGUCCACUUGAUGGGCAUUUUCUCUGCAGAAAACCACUGACCGAUUUCUAUUGGGUUCUUUAUCUGGAAUACUAAUGUACUUGCAACGACGCCAAGUCAAUAGAAUGUGAUUUCCAAUUUAGUUUUUCUUUUUUAUCUAUAUAAAUUGUGUCGUUCGAUAAACAGGGCUCGAUUUUUCGUUCGAGAUUGCGGAAAUUUACUGCAAAUUAAAAAAUAGCCCUGAAACAAAAAAGGGAUAGAGAGAUUCUCGGUUGGGUAUUUUAUAUAGAUAGGCUCAAUUAUGUUGGAGCAUCGAUUUAAUGUAUGUUACUAGGUUUUUCCUAAUGAUUCAAAAGCCAGUAAUAAUCAAAAUUUCAGCUAUUACCGGCUCUUGAUCGCCAUUAUUAUAUAUUAUAUACAAUUAUUAUAUAUUAAAUUAUACUUGAUUCACUCUGUAACGUGCUACCAGCACAUUAAUCAAUAAAUAAAGAGUGACC